AUGGGUAAUGUAUUACAGCAACUGUUGUGCUCUGGUAGUGCUAACUAUAUGGAUGAUGAGAUCGAAUAUGAACGAAAACAACUCAAUUCAAGUGGAACAGAGCGCAAAUGUAGUUCACGAACGAUAAUUUAUGAAGAUAUAAUGCAAGUAGCAUUACCAGAACUUUCUCAAUUGUAUAUUCUCCAAGAUGAAAGUGCCACAUUGAUCAAUUCAAGUACACGCGCCUUCGGUCAAGAAUGUAUUCGAUUUGUCAAUAUUGCGUUCCAUGCAAGUCAAAUGUUUCCUUCAAUGAUGGGCACAUUCGACGCUAUUAGUCAGUACAUACGACAAGAACUUAUCCGACGACAUCCUAGAAAAUAUUUUCAUAUAAUUAUCGGUGAAAACCAAGGAUUUGAUUUUGCGAUUAGUGAUUUCGAAUAUUUCGUUGACAUUAACUACGAACAUUAUCGUGUAUUGAUCUUCUCAACAAGUUUAAAUGAAAAAGUUAAAUUCAAUACACAUGAUGCUAAUACUCAAAUGAAAUUGCAUUGGAAAUCAGUUUUAAUUAAAUAA